AUGCCAAAAUUGGCGAACUCGAUCUAUGACGCAGCAGAUGAAAAGAAGAAGAAGAAGGAUAAUGCAGACAAUGAAGAUAUCAUUGCUCAAGGAAACUCCACUUUCCGUUUGGAGAGCGAGAGAUUGAUUGAGUCAGAUCUUGGUUCUAAUAAGUUUGCCUCAUUGGCUUUACCGGAAGAAGAAGCAGAUUCGUCGGAUUCAGACAAGGAGUCAGAUGAGACGGAUUUUAUGACACCUUCCGGGAAGAGAAUCCUUCGAGACAGACCGGUUAAACCAUCGACAAAGGCUAAAGAAAUGAAUUGGCAAAUAACGGCUCGUGGACGUGGGAACCGUGGACGUGGAGGGUGUGGCUGA